AUGCUACCCGAGCCGCAUCUAAACAGAUCCGGGGGUCCACCAAGGCCACCAAAACCGGCCGAGAGCACAAGCAGCGUCUCUACUUCCGACGAAUCGGGCAGGGAAACUAGCAACGGCAACUGUAACACGAGCAACGGCAACACAAGCUGCAACAGCUCCAGCAGCUCGAAAGAGAAUGUCACAACGAAAGAGGCAGAAGCCACAUCAUGCGAAGACGAGCUGCUUAAGCUAUCCGCCACAGGGUCAGGUGGUAGAGCCUCGGAUGAAGAUGGAAAUGAAACGACUUCUUCCAUGCUACGGGCACCUGUGUUUGUCUUACGUUCAUUCCAGCAGUUUAUUUCGUCGUUUUCUCACAUAUUGACCCGGCUGCCUGGCAUUGUGCCUUUGUUUAGCAAGAAAUGCCCCAAAGUUGACGCAUAUCAGUUCAAGCUUUUUGCGGUCGCUUGUGUCAUGCUAUUGGCUUUGCGGCUACGGCGCUCCCGACAGGCUAGUGCAGGUCCAUUGGCCCAGAGCGGGGUCCCUGGUGAACAAGUGUCAUCCACCUCUUCUACCUCACCGCGAACUAGCUCACGGAUGCCUCUCAUGCCCAUAGGCUCCCUUUUCGGUUGGUGCGCCCCACGACGACGGUCGAAGGCGCAAAAUGAAAUAUCGUUCUCACAGGUGCUGCAGCUGGUGGCAGCUAAUGCAGUAGAGGAGGUGCAGUACUGUUCUGGGUCUCGUUUGUUGUUAUUAUUGAAGGACAAGAGAAAACUAACAUCCCAUCUCGUUCCUGGGGCUGAAGCGGCUUUCUUCCGCGCUGUGGCUGCGCAGGUGCCCCGAUUUCAGUCUGUGAGGACGGCGACAGUCUCGGACGUACUAUCUUUCUCGUUCCCCAUUUUCUUUCUCAUCGUUUGGUUUUGCUUAUUGCGCUCCCUAAUAAAGCCUCUGAAGGGAGGCAAGGACACAGGCACAGACAGAGGGCUGGAGGCUUGCCCUCCCGCUGCGUCCUUUGCUGACGUUAUCUGCAAGCAGAAGCAUGAGCUGCAGGAGAUUGUAUUGCUCCUGAAUGGGGAGGGUCUGUACACUGCAAUGGGUGCCCGGCUACCGCGUGGGGUGUUACUGGUGGGACCGGCUGGCACUGGCAAAACGUUGCUAGCUCGGGCUGUAGCAGGAGAAGCCUCUGUAGGCUUUUUGUCCGUCGCAGCAUCGGAAUUUGUCGAUACGUUUGUGGGCCAAGGGGCUCGAAGGGUACGAGAGGUGUUUCAGGCCGCCAGGAAGAGGGCCCCUUGUGUGUUAUUUGUCGACGAGCUCGACGCUCUUGGUAGCCGCGUAGGCCCUGUGGGAUUAUCCAGCGGACACGAAGAAUAUGUGCAAACAAUAAACCAGUUCCUUAUGGAGAUGGAUGGGGUGACAGGAGGUGCUGGUGGUGUUGUUGUUGUUGGAGCGACAAAUAGGCUGGAUGCUAUCGACGAGGCCCUUCUGCGAUCUGGGCGUUUUGAUCGUCACAUUUACCUGGAUCUGCCAUCACUUGAAGAAAGGCAUGAAAUAUUGAAAUUGCAUGCAAAAAGAAAAAGGAUGCAACUGGGAAUAGAUGCGUGGUCCCACCUACAGGCCAUAGCCGAGGCUGCCGAGGGCCUCAGCGGGGCAGACCUUGAAAACCUAUUGAAUGAAAGUAUCUUCAGGGCAGUCAGGAGGGGUGGAGAUGCUGUCGACCGUCAAGCUCUGGAUGAGGCACUGUUGACUCUACUACAGCGGAAGCACACACAAGCACGAACGCAAACAAUGACUCAGAGAGGGCUGUGUCUGUAA